GUACGAGGCCAGGCAUGCCACUAGCAGACCUCCUGUUCAUCAUAGCCUUCGACCCAAUCAUCAUCGCGGUCAACAGUAGAUUAGGAUCCCUGGGGUACUUUCAGAAGACUAAGGAUGCGGUCCCGUCUCAGAGGAUUUUCAGAGGUCGCCAGCACCAGCAUGUAGAGGAAGAUGUAUGGGAUCCUGCCUUCAUGCAUGACCUCGUCAACGGCGUCGAGCUGUUAGACUCUAGGCUCUGGAAGGAGGCGGCCAUCGCCCCCGUCACGAUCAUGCACGAAGAAACCAAGUCUACGGGGUUCACCAUGAACUGGAAGGCGGGCAAGACGGAGCUCAUGGCCUUCUUCAGCGGCACAG